AUGUCUGUAUCUUCUGAUAUAUAUUCAAGAGAAAUAUUGAACAAUGUUUCAAUACAAUUUAAUCGUUAUUUUUCGAUAUUUAUUUUUCUUUUUGGUACAAUUGGUAAUAUACUUAAUUGUUUUGUUCUAUCUCAACCAACACUUCGUGUUAAUCCAUGUAUUUUUCUUUUUUUAAUGUCAUCUAUUGCAAAUAUGAUUUCUAUUCUAUUUGGUUUAACAACACGAAUUUUAGCUGGUUGGAAUAUGGAUAUAACAGAUACAAAUAUUUUUUUUUGUAAAUUUCGUGCCUUUAUUAUGUUUGUUUCACGUACAAUAGCUUUGUGGCUUAUUGCAUUUGCUACAAUUGAUCGUUGGUUUUCAUCAUGUAGUCAAUAUCAACGACGACAAAUGAGUUCAUUAAAAAAUGCUCAACGAGGAACAAUUUGUACUAUAGUUUUAUCAAUUAUUUUUUAUUCUCAAAUUAUUUAUUGCUACGAUGCAAAUAUGAUGUCAACACCACUUCACUGUUAUGGUAAAACUGUAAUGUGUCGAUUGUCGACAGAUGUAACUUAUGCUUUAAUAACUGUGUUAUUUCCUUUAUCAAUUAUGUGUAUAUUUGGUGUAAUGACAAUAUCAAAUAUACGUCAAACUUAUUAUGUUAUUUUAUUUAAAAGAAAAAUCACUGAAACAGAUAAUGAAAAUAGAAAAACGUUAACAUUAACAAAUGAACAACGAGCACGAUGGAAAAGAAUCGAUCGUUAUUUACGUCAUGUUUUGUUUGUACAAAUAAUUCUUCUAACUAUUUUAACACUUCCACAAGUUAUUGAAAAAAUUUAUACAACAUUAACAGUAAAUACAAAAAAAUCAUUAUUACAUAUUACUAUUGACAAAUUUAUUUAUAAUUUUGUUCUUCUUCUUACUUAUCUUGCUAGUGGAAUGCCAUUUUAUAUAUAUACAUUAAGUGGUGGUAGUAUGUUUCGAACUACUUUAAAAAAUUUAAUCCGAUCGAUAUUUAAAAAUAAUUAA